AAUUUGCAUUAAAAAAUGCAAAGAGCUCCGGCCUCUGAUUGGUGGAAAGUUUGGAGCUGGCAGCGGCCGGGGGCGGGGCUGGCGCGGCACCUCUUUCUCCCCCGGCGCGGCUCCCUCUCCGGCCGGGGCCGAUCCAGCGCGCGCUUGGCCGGCCACUUGCCCCGACGGGGGCUGGCUCGCUCCGGGGUGGGGCAGAGCGGCGGAGCGAUGCGCCCGGCUGGGGCGCUGCCUUGGGGGCUGCUGAUGUUUUGGGGGGCCCUCCUGGUCCAGCAGGUGCGCGGCCUCCGCCACAGCGUCUACUGGAACGCCAGCAACCCCAGGUUCCUUGACGAGGACUUCGCCGUUCAGGUCUCCAUCAAUGAUUACCUGGACAUUUACUGCCCGCACUACGAACAACCCUUGGCUGCGGGCGGACCGGAAACUUUCACUUUGCUCAUGGUUGACCGCGAGGGCUAUCAGGGCUGUUAUGAAACGCCUGGAGCCUUCAAGCGCUGGGAGUGCAACCGCCCCUAUGCCCCCUACGGGCCUGUCCGCUUCUCGGAGAAGAUCCAGAGGUUCACCCCCUUCUCCCUGGGCUUUGAGUUUCAGCCUGGCCAUGAUUACUACUAUAUUUCUAUCCCCACUGCAGAGAGUCCUGGACGCUGUUUGAAGCUUCGAGUAUCCGUCUGCUGCAAGACAACCACCAUAGAACCUGCAACUGAGGGCCCCAAAUCUCAACCUCGUGGGAGAGGCAGCUCAGAGGAAGCCGCUGUAGCCCCCGGACGCAGCUGUGCCCCAUCCUGGCCCAGCAGGGCCUACUUGGGGCUUGCCCUCUUAUCCUUCCUGUGGCUCUGACCCCACCCCAUCCCCGGGUCCGGUGGCAAGGAGCGAGGGCAGCCUGGCCCCCUCCACCUCACUGCUCCUAUCUGACUGACUCGCAAGGGUGCUGGAUCCCUCACUUGGCACUUUAGAACUUGGAGGUGGCGUACCUGCGGCCCUUUUCCUGGUCUCCGGAGGUGAGCUGAGGUUCCGUUGGCCGAGUCAACCCAGCCGAAAAGGGGCAGGUCACCCCCAUAACUCUCGACAUCCCUGCCUGCUUCUCCGUUCGGGAUUUGUUGAAGCAAGAGGAAGACCUUGGACUGAGAGGAGUUUCUCCGCGUCUUAUUCCCGCUGGAGGUCGGAUUCGCCAUUUCUCGCAACCAGCCUGCCACGGUGUCAAAAGGGGAGCUUUCUUUCUGAGCAAACUCGGAUUUGAUUUGGGGGGAGGUACAGGGGAGAGUGGAAUCUCAUCCGUGGGGCAGCAAAGGGCUCCAAGACCAGUCUCCCGGACUGUUUGUAUGCCAAAGAUGGGGAGACGCUUCCCCCCCCCCGUUCCCACUUCAGAGUCUGUGACACUUGAAGCUUAGCUGCUUUAAAGGGGGGGGGUCAACUUUUUUCUUUCUCUCUCUCUUUCCUGUUUUAUAUCUACAUUGAGCUUGAUUUCCUCCCCUGCCCAGAAGGAAAAAAAAUCUGGACUGUGGCAGCCCCCCUGCCCCUCACCCCCUUGUGUUCUCGGCGAGAACGACAGCGACCUUGAUGGCGUCUCCACUUUUGUCUUCUAUGAAGAUGCUGGUUUGGCUUCACUCGUUUCCCCACCCUCCCUCCUGGAUUCCAAUUUCUUUGUUUUAAAUAUGUUGGAUUUCCCCCCCCCCAAUUGUAAGUGACUGAGCCAAAUGAUAAAAACUCUUUCAAAAA